AUGUUGUGGCCAUUAGUGGGGUUAUUGACAGUUGUAUUAAUACUGUUUUACUUGUAUGGGACGAGAACUUUCAGCUACUGGGCCAAGCAUCGAGUCAAGCACGAUGCUCCCAUACCGUUUUUUGGCACAGCGAAACGAAUGCUCCUCAGACAGAUAGCCUUCGCUGACAUGUACGACGAGAUGUACCAGAAGUAUCCCAGCGAAAGAUUCGUCGGAUACUACCUCAUGGCUACUCCGGUGCUGAUUCUAAGGGAUCCUGAGUUAAUAAAAUAUGUUUUAGUGUCCGAUUUCCAGUACUUCUCCUCCAGAAACGUGUUCCCACUUGGCAAACAUCCUGAACCACUUUUGAAAAAUUUGGUUACCUGUGAUGGUGAUCUCUGGAAGUUGUUGAGGCAAAGGAUGACUCCCGCGUUCACGACUGGGAAAUUGAAAGCAAUGUUUCCCCUGAUCGUGGCGAGUGCCGAGAAGCUGCAGCGCGUGGCGGCCGAGGCGGCGGCGAGCGGCGCCGAGGUCGACGUGCGGGACCUCAUGGCGCGCUACACCACCGACUUCAUCGGCGCCUGCGGCUUCGGCAUCGACACUGACACACUCAGUGAUAAAAACAACACGUUCAGAAAAUUGGGUAAACGCAUAUUUAGGCGACAAACGAGAGAUAUGAUAGUAACGAUCCUUAAAUUUUCCAUGCCGAGUUUGAUGACAAGAUUUCACUUCUUUCCUCCAGAGGUCGAGAAACUUAUGAUGAAUUUGGUAAGAACCAUAAUGAAGGAACGAGAUUAUAAGAACUCGGGCAGAAAUGAUUACAUCGACUCGCUUUUGGAUUUAAAAGAGAAAAGAAAAAUGAUAGGCGAAUCCCUGGUGCAUAAGAAAGCUGAUGGCACUCCUUGUGUAACUGAGAUUGAGAUGGACGACGAUAUUAUAGUGGCCCAAGUGUUCAUUUUCUUCGCCGCCGGGUUCGAGACGUCCUCCUCGGCGACCAGCUACACGCUGCACGAGCUGGCGCACCAUCCCGAGCACCAGAGGAGGUGUCAGGAGGAAAUUGACGCGGUGCUUGCGCGUCAUGAUAACAAAUUAUCUUAUGACGCCGUCAACGAGAUGAAGUUUUUGGAAAUGUGUUUCAGUGAAGCCUUGAGAAUAUUUCCCUCCCUCGGCUUUUUGCAACGCAAGUGCGUAAGUGCGUACACUAUCCCGGGCACGGACGUGACCAUCGACCCCGGGGUCAACAUCAUCGUCCCGGUCAAGUCGCUGCACCUGGACCCGCAGUACUUUCAGGACCCGGAAGAGUUCCGUCCGGAACGGUUCCACCCGGUCAAUGUUUCCGCCAUCGACAAGUACACAUAUCUGCCCUUCGGAACCGGACCGAGAGCUUGUAUUGGCGAACGUCUCGGCGACAUGCAGUCGCUGGCCGGUCUGGCAGCCCUGCUGAGCCACUUAUCCGUGGCUCCCGGCAUCAGCACGCGCCGCAAGCCGAUCAUAGACGCCAAGGCUUUGGGCGUUCAGAGCGUCAAGGGAGGCCUGCCCCUAGCCCUUAUUGCCAGGAAAAAGUCUCAAUGAAGGCACUAAAGUCCGUCUAUUCUUUUUUUUUACUAAGAUGCAUUGUUUUUGAGUGAUACA